ACGCGCAGGUCGGAGCUGAGGACAGAACUCGGGUAGUUACGCAGCGCCAUGGAGCGCCGGGCGCCUCCGCGCGUGGAUGGAGGCUGUUUCUGCUGUUUCUGGGUGUCAUGUUCCCCGGCUCGGCUGUAGCUUCUCCCGGGAACCAUGGAGCAGAGGAACGGGCUUCUCCUCUGGCUCGUCCUCGUGGCGGAGCUGUGCGUCGGCGGCGCGCAGGUCCUGCGGAUCGGCGGAAUCUUCGAGACCAGGGAGAGUGAGUUAGUGAGCAUGGACGAGCUGGCCUUCAAGUUCGCCGUCAACAACAUCAACCGCAACAAGACGCUGAUGCCCAACGUGACUCUGACCUACGACAUCCAGAGGAUCAACGUGUUCGACGGCUUCGAGGCUUCCAGGAGAGUGUGCGACCAGCUGGCCCUGGGGGUGGUGGCCGUGUUCGGCCCGUCCCACAGCUCGUCGGUCAGCGCCGUCCAGUCCAUCUGCAACGCCCUGGAGGUGCCGCACAUCCAGACGCGCUGGAAACACCCGUCGGUGGACAACAAGGACACCUUCUUCAUCAACCUGUACCCCGAGUACACGGCCGUCGCCCGCGCCAUCCUGGACGUGGUCACCUUCUUCAAGUGGAAGAAGCUAACGGUCGUGUACGAGGACGGCACGGGUCUGAUGCGGAUGCAGGAGCUGAUCAAGGCUCCGGCGAAGCUGAACCUGAAGAUCAAGAUCCGGCAGCUGACUCCGGGGAACCAGGACGCCCGGCCGCUGCUGAAGGAGCUGAAGAAGGACAAGGAGUUCUUCAUCCUGUUCGACUGCUCGUACCGCAUGGCUGCCGAGCUGCUGAUGCAGCUUUCAUCGAUGGGAAUGAUGACGGAAUACUAUCAUUUCUUCUUCACGACACUGGACCUGUUCGCCCUGGACCUGGAGCCGUACCGCUACAGCGGCGUCAACAUGACGGGCUUCCGGCUGCUGAACCUGGACGACCCGUGGGUGUCGUCCACCAUGGAGAAGUGGGCGACGGAGCGGCUGCAGGGGCCCAAGCAGGAGAGCGGCCUGACGGACGGAGUCAUGACGACGGACGCGGCGCUGAUGUACGACGCCGUGUUCAUGGUGGCCGUGGCCGCUCAGCGCGCCACGCAGAUGACCGUCAGCUCACUGCAGUGUCACCGACACAAACCCUGGCGCUUCGGACCGCGAUUCAUGAACCUGUUCAAGGACGCCCAGUGGGACGGACUCACCGGACACAUCGUCCUCAACAAGACGGACGGACUGAGGAGGGACUUCGACCUGGACAUCAUCAGCCUGCAGGAGGAUGGGACAGCCAGGGUCGCCGUGUGGAAUUCAUACAAGGGGAUGACCCUGAUGAAGUCCAGCCGAGACAAGAGCAACGUGACGGACUCGCUGGCCAACAGGACGCUCAUCGUCACCACAAUACAGGAAAAUCCGUACGUGAUGAUAAAGAAGUCGGACAAGGAGCUGGUGGGGAACGACCGCUACGAAGGAUACUGCAUGGACCUGCUGAAGGAGCUGUCCAACAUCCUGGGCUUCACGUACGAAGUCCGACUGGUGGGCGACGGGAAAUACGGAGCCCAGAACGACAAGGGCGAGUGGAACGGGAUGGUGCGGGAGCUGAUCGAGCACGUGGCCGACCUGGCCGUCGCGCCGUUGACCAUCACCUACGUGAGGGAGAAGGUCAUCGACUUCUCCAAGCCCUUCAUGACGCUGGGCAUCAGCAUCCUGUACCGCAAGCCCAACGGCACCAACCCGGGCGUCUUCUCCUUCCUCAACCCUCUGUCUCCGGACAUCUGGAUGUACGUGCUGCUAGCAUGCACCGGCGUUAGCUGCGUGCUCUUCGUGAUCGCCAGGUUCACCCCGUACGAGUGGUACAACCCGCAUCAAUGCAACCCGUCCUCCACGCUGGUGCAGAACAACUUCACUCUGCUCAACAGUUUCUGGUUCAACAUCGGAGCGCUGAUGAGGCAAGGGUCGGAGCUGAUGCCCAAGGCUCUGUCCACGCGCAUCGUUGGGGGGAUCUGGUGGUUCUUCACCCUGAUCAUCAUCUCCUCCUACACGGCCAACCUGGCGGCGUUCCUCACCGUGGAGAGGAUGGACGCGCCCAUCGACUCGGCCGACGACCUGGCCAAGCAGACGAGGAUCGAGUACGGGGCGGUGAGGGACGGAUCCACCAUGACCUUCUUCAAGAAGUCUAAGAUCUCCACCUACGAGAAGAUGUGGGCCUUCAUGAGCAGCAGGAAGAACACGGCGCUGGUGAAGAACAACAAGGAGGGCAUCACGCGCGUGCUGACCACCGACUACGCCAUGCUGAUGGAAUCCACCAGCAUCGAGUACAUCAGCCAGAGGAACUGCAACCUCACGCAGAUCGGGGGGCUCAUCGACUCCAAGGGCUACGGCGUCGGCACCCCCAUCGGUUCUCCGUACCGGGACAAGGUGACCAUCGCCAUCCUGCAGCUGCAGGAGGAGGGGAAGCUGCACAUGAUGAAGGAGAAGUGGUGGCGGGGGAACGGCUGUCCGGAGGAGGACAACAAGGAGGCCAACGCGCUGGGCGUGGAGAACAUCGGCGGCAUCUUCAUCGUGCUGGCCGCCGGCCUCGUCCUGUCCGUGUUCGUGGCCAUCGGAGAGUUCAUCUACCGGGCCCGGAGGAACGCCGACAUCGAGGAGGCCUUCUGUUUCUUUUACGGCGUGCAGAGCCGUCAGUUCCAGCGCCGCGGCUCCACCUCGUCCUCCGGCAGCUCCUUAUCCAACGAUCUGGAGAGCGGCCGGUUGCUAGGCGACGACGAGUAGCCGGCGGGCCGGGGACCGGCCUGGAGGAGAGUGUCGGUGUUUCGGAGCCGUGAUGGAGGAGCUGGGCGUCUCCCUGAGGUGCUACAGGGGCAUCCGGAGGAACCAACCCCCCAAGGAAGAGAGGAACCAACCCCUCAAGGAAGAGAAGAACCAACCCCCCAAGGAAGAGAGGAACCAACCCCCCAAGGAGGCCAGGUCCUCCUGCAUCUUCUG